AUGCCCCAAAUUCUCCUUGUAGGAUCUGGAGGUACAGUAGCGUACGCUAGGCUACGGUAUAUACCUUACCAUCCAUCGAUCCUUCCUCAAGUACGGCACGGUACUUCUCGUAUUGCGCUCCGUGUGGUAUGGUUUCGGUAUCUGCGUAAUGAAUGCCUUGUCAAAACUUAA